AUGAGCGGUUACGAGCCACCAGUCGGACACAUUCUGCAUUCUUCAUAUGGCCAUGGAGUUUUGCGAGAGCUCGCUGCAUUUGACUCCAAAAUCUCGCCUGUAAAUCUUAUGCUGCCGCUUUUCGUAACGAAUAGCUCCCCUGACGCCCUGGAACCGAUAAAUGCGCUGCCCGGAGUGAGUCGCUAUGGAAUCAACAAUCUCAUUCCCUUCCUUUCCCAACAAGUCGCCAAAGGUCUUCGCUCAGUUAUCAUUUUUGGCGUAGAUGUCAAAUCGACUAAAGAUGCUGUCGGAUCUAGCGCAGAUUGCGAGACGGGCCCUACCAUUGAAGCUAUUAAAUUGAUCAAGUCAAAAUAUCCACAGCUGUGGGUCGCGGCUGACGUUUGUAUUUGUCCCUUCUCCGAAACCGGGCACUGUGGGAUUUUCGAAGAUGAUCGCAUGAACAACCAGAAGUCCAUCGAUAGACUAGCCGAGAUCGCAGGCAAUUAUGGACUCGCAGCAUUUUAUGGGCCUUUCAGAGAAGCAGCUGGUUCUGCUCCUAAAUUUGGCGAUAGAAGAAAUUAUCAGCUUCCACCAGGAGCAUCAAGUUUGGCGAUGAGAUGCAACGAUAGAGAUGCGAACGAAGGUGCAGAUAUUUUAAUGUGCUCUAGAAUGGUUGUCCUAAAUUUGUACUUGAUCCGGCACGGCGAAACAUCGUACAAUAAAGCUGGCAUUUUGCAAGGGCAGCUCGAUAUUCCUUUGAGCGAAAUGGGCAGAGAUCAAGAAAGUGCUUCCACUCAUGAACGCCAACGCUUGGCCGAGGCGAAAGUUCUUCCCAAGGCUGAUCUCGUUUACUCCUCGCCCCUUUCUCGCGCUCUGGAAACAGCUAAAAUCGCUACGAAUGACAUCGGGGAAGAACGCAUAAUCUGCGACGACUUGCUCAAAGAAAAGGGAAUGGGCAAACUCGAGGGCAAGUUGAGGAGCGAAGUUGACUGGAACAGCCCGGAAAUGGAAGCAGACGCCGACGUCAAAUACAGAGCUGUGAAUUUUCUCCGGUCGCUUAUCGAAGAGGCCAAAGUUGACAAGACAAUACUGAUUUUCGCGCAUGGUUUCUUGUUGAAAAUGCUCUUCAGACAUUUCCUUGGACUCAAGAAUUUCGACUUUGGCGAGUACAAGGCAGAAGCUAAGGAGACGAUGAAGAAUACGGCAUUCCAUCAUAUUGUUAUCAAGAAGACCUCUGGUUGGAUCGAAUCGAAGAGAUACGGGAGAAUGAGCGCUUGGGACGGGAAAGCAAUUGCAGUUAAUAAUGCCAAGCAUUUAGAAGAAGAACAAUAA